UUGUUUCCCUCCCUCCUUCCUCUCCUCACCAAUGCCGCCUCCCCCUCUCCCCCUCCCCCUCCUCCUCCUCCUCCUCCUCGCCGGCGCCGCGGCGGCGGCGGCGCCGGCGCCGGAGUCGCCUCCUCCCCCUCGCGGGAACGCGACGCUCUCCGAGAUCCUCCCGCGCUACGGGCUGCCCCCGGGGGUGUUCCCCUCCAGCGUCACGGCCUUCUCCCUCGCCGCCAACGGCAGCCUCGCCGUCGACCUCCCGGGCCCCUGCUACGUCCACUACGAGUACCUCACCUACUUCGACCCCCGCGUCACCGGGGUGCUCCGCUACGGCUCCCUCUCCGACCUCUCCGGGGUCAAGGUCCGCCGCUUCCUCGUCUGGUUCGACGUCGUCCGCGUCAAGGUCGACCUCCCCCCGCCCCCGCGCUUCGUCUACCUCGACAUCGGCUGGAUCACGCGCAAGCUCCCCGCCGACGAGUUCGAGUCCCCCCACGAGUGCGAGCCCUCCCAGAAAUGCCGCCUCUCCUCCGCGCUCGCCACGGCCGCGGCGUGGUUCCAGAACUUCUUUGCCCAGUUUUAGGGGAUGGAGAAGGGAUAUGAUCUUAUGACAGCAGUACAUGAUCAGCUUUGGGCCUUCCACGAGUGUAGUGAUUGCCAGCAUCCGACUAUAGGGGAAUAAGCAUUGGUUGAGAUAUUUAUGUACAACUUCUAUAUUGUUUAUCCAUGCUGCCGUCUCGGGCUAGGACUCUCAGCUGCAAAUUGUGGAGAUGUAUUGGUCAUUUUGAUCCACCAUACUGGAGUGUUCUCCACGUUCUCCACGCUUCAAAUGCAAUUACUCAUUUACCCCGUCCAGUUUGAUCA